AUGGUAGCCCCUCUUGUGGUAGAAACUAAAAAUGAUUUUCGGAAAAUGAACAAGGCCUCGUCGGCUGCGUAUUUAGAAGAUUGUCUUUUGCGGGGGUUAGAGCGAGAGAACCUGCAAAAGGUGCAUGCGCAACUGGCGGAGGAGGAGCAGUACGAUCGGGAGGUGCUAGAAGAAACAUUGAAGGAACAGCAACAGGAAGGGGAAGGUGAAGAAGACGAAGGAAACGGGGCGUCACUCGACAUUUCACAGUGCAGGAGCACCAACGGAGAUCAAAACAGUAAGCACGAUUUCAUUGGACGGAAUCCUCCUACAAAUGGUGGCAAAGGAAACGAGUAUAUGCUAAACUAUUUGAACGCAUACAUAAGUAAAAAUAUAAGGAACAGUAAAGCAUCAGAAAAUAUUAACCCACCAAAUUUUUUAACAAGCCAAAAUACAGACAAUAUGAUAAGUGGGAACCCAACGAACAUUACAAUUAUUGGUAGUAACAAACACUGCAUGAAACAAAUUUUCAAAGACAGGGAUAAGGGUAACCCUUUAUAUGAUGGACAGGCUGCAGCCAACCUUCACUACAUGCUAAUCCCAAAUGAAAACGAGCGCAAAGAAAACGUGAACUGGAAUGAGCGCAUAAGUAACUUUAUACAUACAGAAUUACAAAGCGGCUUCGUGGACAAUAGAGGGUAUGUAUCAAACAGGAGUAGCCUGAUGAAUGGAGCGAAUUGUUCAGACCAACGAGUGAAGAACCCACACGACUGGGGUAAAGCAACAACUGUACUGGCUGAAAAUGUGGGAAAUAUAUUUGUCAACAAAUUUCACCCAGGCGAAACGGGAAUUUCUACCGGUGGUUUGAAGAACCUGAGUAAUGUGCGGAACGUUCAGAGUGACAUGGCCCACGUGAGCAUGUAUGACGGUGAGGAAGGGGGCUGCGAGGGGAAAACCAACUCGAUGCAAGUGAGUACAAAUAGUACAGGUGCAGAGCGUGUGAGUUAUUAUCAUGUGAAUAAUCCCCGUUUGGGAACUCCCCAUGUAAGUAUCGGUACCACAAAUCAGAACAGCCCCACGAAUGAACCAAACCCGAACAAUAGCAGAGAGUGCGAAAACUAUAAGUUGUCACCAAGUGGAAGUGAACAUAUCUCCCCGAGGAGGAGUCCAAACGAGUGCUACAAGCCGCAAGGGGUGCUCCUCAACGGCGCUGGAGAGAAAGGCGCAAAAUGGAUAGACCCCAAUAUAAAGGAAGAUCCUAUUAUUCUAAGUGACAGUGAAAAAAUGAACUGUACAAACACGAAGGGGAAGGCAGGUGAAGUACCCCAAGUAAUAACCCAUCCAAAUAACUGGAUGAAAGAACAAGAGAAGGAAAAUUAUCGAAGCUUUCUCUAUGUAAUCAAUAAAAAAAUGGAAAUGCUUUCCAAAGAUAGAAAUAUCAUCGCUGUGGAAAAUAUGUACAAGCCUGGAUUCCAAACUGUGAAUGCUUCACGUAGCCAUAACAACCCUAUGUAUGUGAACACCACUGAUAAGGGAUCCAUUUUGGGACCAACGAAACUAAAUUCAGGGGAAAGGGGAAAAGGUACUACUGAUAACGCAGUAUCGCCCAUUGUUAAUCCAAAUUAUUAUGCAGGCUUUGUACGUAACGAACAAAAAGGAAGUUAUCAAAGUACCAACGUGAAGAUGGUACAACCAGAACAACAACAGUAUGUGUUACAGCAACGUUAUGAUGAGGAAGCAACUCUGGGUGGCACUCCGGAGUUUUAUUCCCGUCGGGAAUCCUUCGCGGAGGGGGGAGGUCAUCCCAGUGGGUUGUUGAAUAACCACGGGAGGAAGAUCUCCGUGGAUUCCAACGGAAUGAGAGAUCUAGAAAUGUUGGGAGGUGAGGAAAACAGUUCAUCAAAUAACUUCGCCAGCAGUGGUGAUCAGGUCAGCAAUUUAAAUAACUACUGCGAUGGUGACUUCCCGGAGGUGGGUAAAUUAAGCGGCGUUAAUUUUUCCAAUGGUGUGGAUAGGUUAAGUGUACAGUUAAAUUUUAUCGAAGAGGGGCUAGUGGGAUACCAGAAGGAAGGAGGCCCAAGUAGUUUCCAUUUUGUUCAGAAGGAGAAGAAAAUAACCAGUUCCCUGCAUUGUGGCAAUUAUGAUGAGGAUGUGGAAUCUGGAGGUAAUGAUGGUCGUGGCAUCUCAAGUGAUCAUUUGGAUCACGUGGAGCAGACCGACCACGCCGACAUGACCGAAUCGCAGUGCGCAAAUUAUGCAUUCGACAAAGGAGUUGGAGCGGUAACAAGUGCAGGGGAGGAGGAGGAUAGCGGCACCAACCGGAAUAGUGGCGCUGGAAACGAGAACUGCUCCAGUAGCAGGAAAAGUAGCCACGAGCACAGUUAUAACAAGAACGACCCAUUUAAUGGGGAUACCUUUACAGGGGACCCAUUUAUUCUGGAUCCCUUUCGCAAUGACCCAUAUGGGAAGGACCCCUUUGCGGGUGAUACUUUUUUUAAUGAUCCAUGUGGGAAAGAUGGGUUGUGUCUGAACCAGAUAGGGACAUACAGUGAGCACAACGAGUAUUAUUCCAACAUGCAGGACAACGACAAGGACGACAGUGAUAAUGCGGUGGACAAUGUUAAUAACAACGCUACGUUAAAUGAUGAUUAUGUAUUUCCAUCGAGUGGAAAGGAUCAGGAUGAUCUACAGGAUGGAGUUUCCCCACAAGAAAAUCAGGCUCAAUUGAACAACGUAGACUACCUCUUCACAGGCAGAAGCAAUAGUAAUAACAAUUGCAUGCCCAUAAAGGAGGUGUGUAAAGGUGGUGGUAAUACAUCUGGCUGCUUUGUCAGUGGUCCCCACAGUGAAGAUUUCAUUCGCGAGCAUUUAAGUAACGACCAGGUCGAAACGUCGAACGCGAGUGAAAAGACGUACCAAGUGCAUCAUGGGAGUGAUAUGAGUGACGGGGGCGUAAGUCGAGGCAAACUCAGCAACAAGGAAAGUCACGAUAACUCCAGCGAUAGAAGAAGCCAGGAUAGUCGCCGCGAUAGCAGUACCACAGGGGGAGAGGGAAACAGAAAAUUGUUUCAUAAUGCCCACCAUGGAAAGGCACCAAAUUUCACGCAAAAGAAAAAUAUAAAUGACGACCAUGCAAAUGAAGAGGAUGUUCUACGCACUGCAGAAACCAGGAAAAGUAGCCAAUUCAGUUUUAACAGUUGUGUUAUCCAUGUGAAGGGAGAUAAUAAUACCCCCCGAAAUGAGUUCGACUCGAUGGAAAAUCACUUCGUCAAUGAAGACCAGGCGGCAGUUCCUGUAGCGGGAGUUGAGGGGCGCACCUCGUCCCAGGAGGAUGAAUUUUCGCGGGCAAGUCAAAAAAUUGAAAGGGCCAUUACUUCAACAGAUGUUGGGCUUGAUAUGGUUGACAGUGACAGAUCUGUUGAGUGCACUAGGGGAGAAAGCGGAACGGACGGAAAAAAUGAUGAACAUAUAGAAGUGCUUUCCCAUAUUCAAGAAAAGGUGUGCCCAAAUCGUGUUAGAGAAGAACUAAGUAAUAAGGAGAAGGAUGCAAUGAGGAGAAAUUCACAUGAUGACAGAACCUUGGGAAGCAAUUCCAAGCGCAUGCAGAAGCACAGCCAUGUAGAUGUAAAGUUAACCCAUGAAGGUUACUCUCUCGUGGAUGGAAAUUUCCGUAAAAACGGAGUUACAAUAAGUACGAAUAACAUUGUCACCGAUGGAUGCAGCAUGGUUACCAACGAAGAAUGGAUGCAUUUCAAUGGAGAGUCCAAUCAGGUGGAUCACCUUAACAUUAAUAAAGGGAACGGUAGAAGCGGAAGAAAUGCCCAGAAUAGUUUGGCAGAGAAUGCCAUUCUUCUUGGAAGUACCAACAAUUUAAACCAUGUGACUAAGGGAAAUUACGGCCCUGCGAGCCAUUUAAGGGAUUAUUCUGGCUUGGGCCCCCUUAGCACUAGUAUUAGCCGUGCUAGCGCUAGUGGCAUGGGGGACGCCCCAACUUCUGCUCAUCAUGGGAACUUCGAGGGGCUUCAAAGUGACACAGGGUUUCAAAAUCGCCUGCACAUCAGGAACGACGCCAUGCGAGAUAGAAACACGAACGAGGGAAGCGCCGGACAACCCUACGACUGGAAUAAUGAACGAAGCACGAGUUAUACCCCCACCUCAUUUAAUAGAAACACUAAUGAAACGAAAAACUUUUUAACGAAUUUUUUUGAUGCCAUUGAAUCGGGUACUUUGAACCAGAGCGGAAGGGGAGCCAUGGCAGGAGCAUUCACCAGGAGCGGAAAUGAACAGGAUGUUGAUAACCUUCUUUUUUCACGCAACGGGUAUCAGAAGCAGAGUGUAGUGAAGAACCAUAAGGAGAAGAUCCCCCAGAUGAUGGAUUCUCCUAGGCAUGGUGGAAGCAAUUCAAACCAUGUAAGAAAUGGAAAUACGAUUGAUGCGUUUAGCAGUGCGAGUCAGUUCGGAGGGAUGAAGAGUCUGGGAACGAUGGACAUUCUGAGUGGGGUGGUCUCAAAAGGUACCGCACAAAAUGAUCGCUUGUGUAGCGGAGUCGCCAGAAGUGUCAAUCAUCUCACGAACAAAAAUGACCAGAGCGGUGCGCACCAGAAGGUGGCCAUUCCGAUAGCAGGCCCUACGUCGAAGAAUGUAAACUUGGUGGAGAAUAAUCUACCCCACAAGAAUAUCCCUCCUAUACAAACGGCCAGAAAUAGUAACGUCGCACAUCCUGUUGUCUAUUAUAACCCCAGCAAACUUCUCAUUAAUAAACACAUUCACGCAAAUAAAUAUAUGAACGGUAAGGUGAAAAUGAUGAAUAGUGGAAAUAGCGGCUUGCAUAGCAGUAACAGUAGUAUGGGUACCCUUUGGGGAGAUUAUCGCCCUGGUGGUGGUAGCCUUACAAAUGUAGGCGGUCCCAACAUAGUGCAAGUUGAUAAUGAAAACAGAAAAUAUCUGAACAUUGUAGGGAACAACAAUAGUGGUGCUAUACCUACCUUCCAUAGGAAGGAGAAUAAUCAUCCAUCAACAGAUGGCAAAACGAAAGGCAAAAUUAUCGUCCCAGCGUUGAUAACCAAUGAUGAAAAGGCAAGCUUGACGAGCAGCCCAGUCGAAGAGUGUAGUAAUUUCGUUGUGGCUACACACGGAGUGAACACACGCACAACGGCCACUGGGAUCAACAACAACUGUAGUAGCAUCUCCCCAAAUGAACAGAACUCCAAUGUGCCUUUGAAUAAAAUAUCAGUGGGAGGAGUCCCCUUUUACAUGACGGAAAGUAAAAACCUCCCUGGGAGUAAUUGUGCAGACGGUAUCAACCUUGAUAAAUUAGAGAGGAAGGAUUCGUUUAGUAGUAAUGGAGAGGGCACUGGCACCUUAAGAGGUAGAACUGCGCUACACGAUGGUGGGAGUAGCGCUAGUAGUACCAUGAUAGAAUCGAGGCAACUGAAUCAAAACUUUAUGGAGAAAGAACAAAGUGCAAAUGGGUUAAACGGGUUUAUAACCCCUGGAACGAUGGCAUAUGAAAGGGGUAGCAAUGGUGUUGAGUCCAUCUCGUCGGUAGCAUCAGGCUGCGGAGGGGAGGUCUUCUACUCUCCGUCCACCAAUGGAGGUACAAUCACCUCUUCACAAAUUAUCUCCAAUCAUAAAAUGAGUAAUUUCGCAAUUAAUGAACAUCUAGGUAAUAUUAUGUUGAGCCAAAAAAUUAACGGCUUUUUUAAUAGCGCCCGAACGAACAUACAAGGAGGGGGCAGUAGCACUCUCUAUGGAAGAGUCGGUGCAGAUAUCUCAAACGUAAGCAACUCCAAUGUACAGGGCAUCAUUGCUCACAAGAAGAACGAACAUAUGUACAGCGGAAUGAAAAGCAAAAUUAAUGAAGGUAAAAGAAGUAAUAUUUGUGAAACGGUUAGUACCUACUGUAAGGAGAAUUCAAACGAUGCGUCCAAGAUUGGGGAAAACUUCCUCUUUCAGGGAGGGGGUGCCUCUAUCGGUGGCGUACCCAGCGAAGGUGUAAUGGAUCAGACGUCAAACCACCUGAUCCAUCAUAAAAUGACAGACCUGAACGGUAACAAUCUUGGCAGUUAUUUGGGCAACCAUAAAAUGAGGAGGCAUGUAAAGACAAAUAAAAUGAUUGAGUCACAUGUGAUGCACUCAUUCGUGAGUGGCAAAAGUGGAAAUGUGAGUAGCGACAGACUUAAUGAGUACACAAAGCAUAUUGCGGAGGAGCAUUUUCAAGGUGAUACGAAUCAGAAGGAUAGCGAGCAGAAUGUAGGUGGGCCAUUUAGUAGGAAGAAUCUCGGCAUUCCGCAUUAUACAGAAGGUAGCAGCAAUAGCGGAUUCGUAAAUGGCGGAGGCUUGAAUAACCGUGUUAGCAAUAUCGUCAGUGGUAUCUUAAGCGGAAACACCAAGGAAGGUGGUAGUAAUGUAGAUGAAUUACCGAAGGAAUUUUAUUUCCUCAAUGGAGGCAACGGAAUGGUUAAUCAAAACGGGCCCACCUCGCACCAGUUUCCAAAAACUUCUGUGCAUGACAAGAAUAUCUAUAUGAAGGCUAACAAUGGCGAAGUAUGGGGAAUCGCUGGGACGAGGGAUUAUAAUGAUCCUCAUCAAAACGGGUUCGGUGAUAAAGGAGAUGCUGUACCUGCCGUGGUGACUGCAUCUAUGGGCGGGGCUCAAUUAUUUCGGAAUCAUCCAGUGAAUCAAAGCCUACGCAGCGACGAACGGAGAAUCGAGGACCAGAUGUGUCACUAUGGGCACAGGGCGGAACUCUCUGCGGUAACGGUAGACCCCGAAAUAUCGUGCAAAGAAGAGGAUAACAAUACUACCAAGGCCCAAGAGAGGAGGUACGCCAUGCAGGCCGAGGUGCUAACGAAGCGGAUGGGUAGCUUGAGUCAGGAAUACACGGUGAGCAGCAGCACCAAUAGUGGCAGCAGUAACAACGGCAGUAGCAACUAUAGCGGUGGUGGAGGCACGUACGGUUCUGGUGGCAAUUGCACCUUCGGCGGUAAUUACGCUGUUGGCGGGAGCAAGGUCUCCGCACAGAGCUCGUACCCCCACAGCAGCCUGAACAAUGCAGAUGUGAACAACGUCCUAAUGGCUAUGAUACAGAACCCAAUGAAUUGUAACGGAGGUGUCGUAGCUAGCCACGUUAGGAAAGCAGCACCUGUGGACGGACCAGGAACCCCCAUCGGACUAAGCUCAGGUCACAUGGUGCAGAACGUAAGGACCAUGAACAACGAUAGCAGCCUUCCAAACGAUUUGUUAUUGAAGGGAAAAAAUUUCGAGGAGAUUAUAUGUAGCAAAGGAUACGUUCAGAGUAGGUACCCACAACACUAUGCGUAUAAUAAUGUGAAUACGAAAAUGGCUAGCCCGCCUCAGAGUACUCCAAAUUCCCAGCACUAUGGAAUUCAUGGUGGUGGUGGGCAUCAUAGUGGUCUGCAUGGCAGUGUUUCUAACGUGCCACUUAACAUGCCCCCCAGCGCGGGCGUUCCCGCCAAGCAGAAUGAAGACGUAAGAAUGGGUGGAGAAAAAAAUAACCUAAAGAUUCCACUUAGCAACAUCAACAUCAGGAACCCAAUGAAUAGAGAUAUUGCCAUGUACAACUCUGUGGGGGGUCUUUCUUACAGUAGGAACAGCCAUGUGGUUACAUCGACAAGCGGAUCUGGUGUCAACGGUGGUGGAUCUGGAGCAGGGAGAACCAACUACAACAUUCCAGGAAAAUGCGUAGAAUCAUUUAAUUACGUGAUGUGCAGUGAACAGGCAAAAAGUAAUAUGCAGCAGCAGCAACAACCACAAGCACAAGCACAACAACAACAACAACAACAACACGUGUUAGAGAACUUCACGAAGAAUAGGAACAUGAUGAAUAAUAACUUAAAAAUGGAUGCCAAUAAGAAUUGCGCAAAGGUUAGGAGUUCUCAACAUCAAGGUGGUUAUGCGCACCUGGUGGUGCAACCCAACGGAGACGUGCGAAAGGUGGGACAACAAUCACCGCCUUUGGCCUUGUCGUUAGGGAUGGGAAGUGCCCACGCGGCUUUGGCAGCAUCAGCUGCAGGAAUGGCAGGAGGGGCAAUGAUUUUGCAGAACCAGAACGGUGGCCUUAACGAAUACGCACAACAGUACUAUGAGCAACAGCAUCAGCCAAUGCAGGUGCACUCUCACAAUCAGCUCCAGAAUCACUUGCAGCAACAGUUACAUUCAUCAUGUGAAGGCGAGCAGGGGCAGCAGCACGCCAAGUACCUCUCCAACAGUAGUGACCUAGCCAUCAGAAGGAAGGAGUAUGAAAAUGUGUUCAGGCUAUCCAAAAGUCAGCUUGUAAAUUUGGAGAAUGAAAUAAAAUAUCUAAAAUCGCUAGCUGCGUACAAUAUAAAGCCCAGAGACCUAUAUUUUGAGACGUACGAAGAGACCGAUAUUCUUACUUACGAUGGUAGCGGAGGUGCUGCUAUCACAAAUGGAGAUUAUUACUAUUACCACCAUCAGCAGCAUCAAGGGGGAGGAGUCAGUUGUGUAGAUGGUGAUAACUUACCCAUGGGAGGUUCUAAUCAGAUAAACGGAAAUAUCUCCAAUGGAAAUGGCAAUGGAAAUGGCAAUGGUAAUGGCACCGCCAGAGGAACAGGAACUGAUGUACAGCUGAUGGAGAAGCCUCCCCUGGGUGGGAAAAUCAAAAGAGAAAAAGGGAAACCAAAACUCUACACUAAUAAAUUUAGCAGCAAGUUCAAAUACAGCGUAAUUGAGGAAGGUUCAUUUGGUGUAGUUUACAAAGGAUGGUACAAUGGAAUGCAUGUGGCUGUGAAAGUACCAGUGGAUAAAAUGGCUAGACAAGAUCCUUAUGGAUUAACAAAAAGAUCCAUCAAUGAGUGGAAGAUUUUAUCAAAAUGUGAUCAUCCAAAUAUAAUUAAAUUAUGUGGAGGAAUAAUACACAGCUAUUUUGACAUUUGGCUAGUAACAAAAUUAGUAAACGGAUUAGAUUUACAUACGAUAAAAAAUAACAUGAAAAAAGAGGACAAGGUUAUGAGCAUUGAUGUGUCUUUAAAAAUGUGCAGGCAACUAGCCAAUGUUAUUAAUUUUUUACAUACGCCCAUAAAAAAUAAAAAAAAUGUAAUCAUCCAUAGGGAUAUAAAACCAGAGAAUUUAAUCAUUGAUAAUGACUGGAAUAUACAUCUCUGCGAUUUUGGAGAUUCAGAAGAAUGCGAAGAUGGAAUCGUAACAAAUGUGUCUGGUGCCACUUGGAUUUAUGCUCCUCCGGAAUUAUUAACAUGCCAUCCUUUGAAGCAGAGUAGUGAUUAUAAUUUUUUGGACCAUACGAAAUUAUCGUACAAAUGGGAUAUCUGGUCCAUGGGCUGUGUAUUUCAAGAAAUGAUGAAUUUGCCUUCUCCAUUUCAACAUUACAUUAUUACGUUUGACGAGUCCGACCAAAUUUAUGAGAAACUGGUAGAUGUCUUUACGAAGAAGUUGCCUCCCUGUAUUCAUUCAAAGAUUGAGAACUCUCCCUUCGCUGAUAUCAUUCGCCUGUGCUUAAACUACGACCCGAAUUUGCGACCCACGGCAUCUGAAAUAGUUCAGUUACUUAACCAGCCGGACGAAUACCUGUUGUUGAAGAGGGCCUAA